AUGCAAAGAAUUCGAAGGGAAGACUACCUGAGCAAGUGUAAAAACCGGGACGACUUUGUUUACACCCACGUGCGGGACAUACUAUCCCACCAGCCCUUUGACGAAAUUUUAGAAUAUCAAAAUGGGGAUGUCUACAUCGGCACGACGAAGAAUAAGAAGCGACACGGCUAUGGCUACUACAUCUACAAGGAAAUUGGGAGCGUCUAUGAGGGCGAAUGGAUCGAAAACGCGAAAAGCGGCUACGGGACGUUGUAUAACCCGCAGGGAAUUGUCUACUCUGGCGAAUGGCUGAACAACAUUUCCCACGGAUUUGGAUGCACCUACACAAAUGAGCAGCUCUUCCUUGGGACGUACAAAUUUGGACUGAUAAAUGGAGUGGGAAUAUUAAAAAAAAAAAACAGUUACAACUUUUGUUUAUUCCAAUCGAACAGGAAAAAAUGCAAAAUAAAAAUUACCAAACAUAUGGACAUAUAUCUUCACUACUACAAAAAGGAUAAGCUUUUUUUGAAGGAAAAUUUAAGUGCCUUUUUUCCUUUGUACACAGACAAUACCAUCUCACGUUUGGUGCGCAAGCAAAUUUUUGACCACCUGUUUGGCGUAGACAAAUCUUUUGUUCAAUUUUUUGCGAAUGGAACCGAAAAUGGGGUGAGAAAUGAACGCGGAAAGGGCAGUCCCAGUGGGGGCUUCUUAAGCUACGUAAAUUAUGAAUCGAGGAUAAAUUUUCUGAAGGGGCUAAUUAGCAAAGGGGCUAAAGGAGUGGGGGAGGAGGGACAACCUGACGGUAGUGUCUACAGCACGGAUGACUCAGUUUGGAAUUCCCCCCCCAAGGGGGAGACUAACCAACGCAGUGGUUGUAAUUUUUUUCCAUUUCAUGAGGAUAUGGAUCCACGGGGGGAUUCCCCCACCAGGGAGGCAGCAAAAGAUUCAACAAGGCAUCAUAAAGGUAAUGAGGAAAGAUGCCCUCCCUUUGUGGAAGCCUCAGUAGGAAGUGCAAACUAUUUGUAUAACACAAAUGAUUCUUUCAAGUGUCCUCCCCACCUUAAAUUGACGCACCUCUUUAAUAAAUCCGACUCGGAAAGUGAGUUCUGCCCGGACGUGACUCCCUCCAGUGCCUCCUCCCCAGAACAGCACUUUAAAGUGAAGAGAAAAGUAACCACGCCGAUUCGUUCAGUUUUCCAUUCAAACGGGGGUGAGAGCCAAAAGAGGAUAAUAACACAGAAGAGACAGGGGAAAAGAAGAAAAUUAAAAUUGUAUAAGCUACUUGUGGGUGGAUGUUCUAAGCUGGGCUGUGAUGGGCCCAAAGGAGAAGGUUCCUUAUCGAAUGGACCUAGUGAAUCUACUGCAGAGUGUAGGGAUGCCCAGUGGGGAAGCAGAGAUUCGACACAGUGUAUAUCAAGCAAGGCGGCACUUUAUAGGAACACGCUCCGCGGAAAAGCCAUUGCGGGGCCGAGAAAGGAAAUGGCACGGAUGCAGAGACAGAUGAAAAGGCAAAGGAGGAAAGCGCCAUUAACGACCAAAACACCGCCAACCGUCACACGUCUGCUGAGCUACCUAAAAUACAAAAACGAGAAAAACAAAAUCGAGUGCAUUUAUCAGUGGCGGAGUUACCACAUAUUUGUUUUUCUCCAUUUGUUCGGGUUGCACAAGUACAUAGCUGCCUUCAAGUGCAACCACGUGAAUGGCUUCCACUUUUUCACCCUUAAUAGGAAAAUACUGAGGAUGCUAGGGGUGGAUAAAAAUGAGUACAUCUACUUUCUGCUCAAUUUUGUAAACGCAUUUAGCAGUCUACAUAAUACGUACCUGCAAAUGCUCGUCAGUUGGGGGAGCAUAAGAGGGGAUGCUUUGGUAACCUUCAGCUCCAUCCCCAAGUCGGAGUUGGUUGUGCUGAACCGGUUGGGGAGACGCAACGCUGGGAAGGCAUCGUACCUGUGUUACUAUGCAAACGGACCUGUGAGGUUGAAAAUGUUUUCGGGGAGGGAUAGGACAGUGGAACGGUCGACUAGAGGGACGUCAGAUGAUGAGCGGGAUGGCUUACCAGGUGAUGAUUCCCCACGUGGUGCUUCUCCCUGUGAUGAUUGCACUGAAGAAGGGGUGCAGGUCCACUUGGGUAAUCCCCUCGUUACCGCAGCGCAAAAGUUCCUCUUCGAUGAGCAGCAGCUUAGCAACAUAGGGGAAAGCAUUUUGGACGGUUGGGCCAGCAUAAGAAGUAACCUGGUCAACCUGGAGCCACACGAAAUGUUUAAGCGGUUAAAAGGAGGGGAUCCCCAUCCAAGGGCACAAGUAGAAAGAAACGAACAAAAGGAGAAAAGUGAAAAACAAGACGCACAGGACAGACCGGCAACCCUCAUAGAAAGGAUCCAACGAAGAACAGAAUUCAUGAAGGAGCAUUUCGUCCUCUCAAAUUUGAGGCACCCCAAUGUGAUCAAAUACAUAGGCAACGUUAUAAGUAGGAAGAAGGAAAAGUUCGGUUUGGUUUUUGAGUUCCUGAGUGGGAUGUCCCUGCACGAUGCAAUAUACGGCGUAGGUCCCUCUUGUCAGGGGCAAGGACAAACGUGCGAAGGUGAGGUGGUUACGAAUGGACUAACAAACGAAAAUAUUAUUAAGCUCUUUUACGAAAUCGCGUCUGCAUUAUUUUACCUACAUAGUAGACGGGUCGUUCAUGGAAAUAUAAGCAGCAAAAAUAUAUUCGUGUCGGAAGACGGCGGAAGCAUCAAGCUGUGUAACUUUGAGAAGGCCUCCAUAGAGUGUUACUACGAUUAUAAGGUUAAUGCAUCGGGGGAAAAACACCUUAACGUAUCUAACAAACGCUCCUAUGGGUGGUCCCGUUGGGGAGACGCCAAGAAAGGUCAAAGCCGAAACAGCCACGCAGGUGGUGUCUGUAUCACACAGGGACGAAGCAAACAUAUCAGACGUAACCACCUGGAGGGAGAAAAAAUGAAUUUGCCUUUACCAUACAUAACCUGCAUGAAUGAAGCCAAAAAUAUAAACACCAUGAUGACCUCUCCUUUGCUACUCUUCCAAGCGAAAAAGUUUGACAAAAGAAAGGUCCGUUGCGAUGACCCCUAUGCCGCUCCAGAGGUAUUAAGAGAAGAAGAGUGCACAGACAAGUGUGACAUAUACUCAUUUGGCGUCGUUAUAUAUGAAGUUCUGUUUGGGGGAUUGCCAUUUGUGAGUGACUACAUGCCAUCCUUCUUUCGGUUGUCCACUUGCUUUAAGCAGAAAUACAUCUACAUCGAUGUGAACAAAUUGCGUGGGAAGUUUCCUAACAGGAAGCUGUUCCACUUCGUAGUGAGUAACGUCUUACUGGUCAUGCGCCAGUGCCUUAACCCGGAACCCACUUGUAGACCCGAUUCGGAGUACCUGUGCAGGCACUUUGGGCGUCUGGUCGGUCGGCUUAGAUAA